UGUGUGUGAACUCAAAACGUCAAAAAGCAAAGCAAACAUGUCUGCAUCGGUACAUGGAUGUGAAUUUAUCAGAGCCACACUUAAGUGCAAUAAAUCAUGUAAAAGGCCCAAAUAGCUGCACUUAAAUAACAGCUAAAUAAAACCCAGACGCUCCUCUCGGUGCUUAUUAUUUUAAAUUUCAUGUGAGUUUGGCAACGGCGAGAAACUUGGUGUCGUAGUACCCUGGACGUCCACUAUGGGGCGCUAACGGUCUCAUUUUUCCCCAUUCGGCAGGUGUCCGUGCUUUUACUUUGAAAGUCGCAACAGGAAGUGCGCGUUUCAUUGUUAGAGCGUGUUGACUGUGGUCCUGCUGCCGCUCAGCCUCCUCCCGUCGUCGCCAUGGUGCAGAUGAUGGAGUCGCAGUGCGAGUAUUUCAUGUAUUUCCCGGCGGUGCCGAUCACGGACCUGUCCGACCCGGCCCGGUACCGCACGCUGCCCCGCAGGAGCCACCUGUACCUGGGCGAGACCGUCCGCUUCCUGCUGGUGCUGCGCUGCAGGGAAGCCGGAGCGACGCCGACCGAGCACGGCCCGGCAGGGGGCGCUGAUGGCACCGCGGCAGGUUUUGGGACGGAAUCGGCCAGCAGCCGGGCGUGGAGGGAGCUGGCCGGAUCUCUGUGCGCCGUGGCGAGCGUGAGUCCGGGUGAGAGCAGUCGUCACCGGGGCAACCACCAUCAGCAUCACCACGACUACCAGAGCAGCGGGGACGAGGCCAACGAGGACGGCGAAGAGGACUACAUCGCGGCGGCCGAGGCCGCCAUCGCUGCGCUGGGCAGCAGGGUGGACUCCCGGUGCCGGAGCUUCAGGGACUGCAAACCUCUGCUCAUCCACAACUCCUCUGGGACGGCGUCGAGGGAGUUCCGCAGGGCGCCCGUCCAGUGAGCACCACCCUGACCGUCCUGCCGCCUCCAACCGUCCGCUGCAAGCAGAUGACUGUUUCUGGAAAACACCUCGCGGUCUUAAAAGUGCUGAAUGAGUCUUCUCAGGAGGAGGUGAGUGUUCGGGAUGUUCGGAUUUUACCGAACCUCAACGCCUCCUACCUUCCCGUGAUGCCCGACGGCUCCGUGCUGCUGGUGGACAACGUGUGUCAUCAGUCCGGUGAGGUCGGCAUGGCGUCCUUCUGCCGGGUGGACAGCCUGGCCUGCCGUCUUCCCAGCAUGCUCAGCGCUUUGGAGGAGCACGACUUCCUGUUCCAGCUGCACCUCAACGACAUGCCGCAGGACGACUCCAGUGAGGGGCUGGAGGUUCCUCUGGUCGCUGUGCUGCAGUGGUCAACUUCCAAGAUGCCUUUCACCAACUGCAUCUACACCCACUACAGGUUGCCCAGUAUCCGUCUGGACCGGCCGCGCUUCGUCAUGACGGCCAGCUGUCCGAGCGCCGUCAGGGUGAAGGAGCACUUCAAGGUCAAAUACGUUCUUCUCAACAACCUGCAGGACUUCCUGGCUGUGCGGCUCGUCUGGACUCCAGAGGGUCGAGGUCAGGGGGAAGACGCAGCGCUGUCUGCCGUGGUCUGUCACACCCCUCUCAGUAACCUGGGUCACUGCCGCAAAGGAAGCACUCUGUCGUUCAGCGUGGCCUUCCAGAUCCUCAAACCAGGACUGUACGAGCUGAGUCAGCACAUGAAGUUAAAGCUCCAGUUCACAGCGUCGGUGUCCAACCCUCCACCCGACGCCCGGCCCCUGUCACGUAAAAACAGCCCGUCCAGCCCGGCGGUUCGAGACCUCCUGGACCGACACCAGGCCAGUCUGGGGCGCUCUCAGUCCUUCUCCCACCAGCAGCCGUCUCGGUCCCACAUCAUGAGGACGGGCAGCGCCAUGGAGCGACGGGCCAUCACGCCUCCCGUUGGCUCUCCGGUCGGUCGGCCGCUCUACCUGCCGCCGCAGGACAAGUCGCUGCUGUCGCUGGACAAGAUCGCCAAGAGGGAGUGCAAAGUCCUGGUGGUGGAUCCUGUCAGCUAGGCAGCGAGAGGAGAGGCUUUUAUUUUGAUAGAGAAACGCUCACGAGAAGAGAUGACAAAGAAGCUGACUUCAUGUUACUGCAGGAAACACUCCUGUGUUUGAUCAGCUGACCAAUCAGAACAACGAGGAAGAAGUUCAUCCUUCAGCUGAAAUAUUUCAUGUUUUAUUGUAUUUAAAGACACGUUGGGUUUUCCAGCUCGUUUCCUGGAAGCGUUCUUUAAAGUUUUAUCUUAUAUUUAUCUUUAAAGCAUCGUCCAGAUGGAGCCACUGAAUCGUUUUAUGCUCCAGGUGUGUUUUACAGGAUGAAAGCUGCAAACACGCAGCUCAGCUCCACAAAGAGCUGAAGAACUGAGAAUUUAUUUUACAUUGUUUAGUAAAGUUUCCAGGAAAUGAGCUGGAAAGUGCCAAACCUGCAAAAUAAAGUGUUAGCUUUUUACUUCUGUGUUAUUUUCAGAGUAAAAGACAUUACAGGUUAAAAACGUAUUAACCUGAGGACAGUCACAGUUAACGUUUUCUUUCAGUGUUAUUUCCUCCAUCGCGUCACAAACGGUAACUUCAGCAGAAUGUUGCUAAUAAAAUGAAUGUAAUGGUC